AAAUUGAUUAUUCAACACAAACAGUCACUAUAAAUGGCUAUACAUUCAAAAUGUGGUACGACCACAUCCAAAUAGAUGAGUCCAAGGCUACCAAUGAGUGCCCCAAGUCAUCUAACCCAGAGGAAACCCCUCUACAAACCCCAAAAAAGGAGAAGACCCUCCUAAAAAUUAAGCGGAAAGCCCACUUAAAACCAGAUGAGUCAAAGAACACCAAUGAGUGCCCCAGACCGUCUAAUUCAGAAGAGACCAAGAUUACCUAUGAGUAUCCCAAGCCUUCUAAAUCUGAGGAAAACCCUCUUAUUACCCCUUACAUAGAAGAAGCCCUUCUAGUAACAUCCUCUAACAACGCCUUAGACGACGAGUUAAGAGAAUCCAACAGAUGGAAGAUAAAACUUAACCCGGUAAAGAAAACCACGUCGCUGACGCUCUAUCUUAAGUCCAAGAAAACUUCCUAG